ACUUGAAACAGGCUUAUGAUUAAGCUUGUUUAAAUUCUUGUUUAAAUGAGUACUGGCUCAAUAAAAUAAGUCACUGUUAUUUUGUACAUCUCUUGUCGUUGUCACAAAAACAUACAGAAGGUUGUUUUUCCUUUUUCCUUUAGACUGUACUGUUUAAAGAGAAGUGUUCAUUAUUUUCUGAAAAUUUUAACAUUUGAGAGGUUAAAGAUCUAUCUGAUAGUCACAGAGAAAAUAACGUUUUUAGCAAAGGGACAUUGCCAUUAAAGCAGGUAACUGACCACAGAAACACUGGGUUCAUUCUCUAGUACAGCUUCUAUACUAAUAUUUUUUCCUAAUAUUGUGCAUUGUGGUAUUUUUCAUUUUUUUCCAGGGUUGUUUGCAUUGUUUUGGCAUGCGGUGUGCAUGUGUGAAGGGGUUAGAUGUAGAAUAGUCUGAAACACAGGGAAAACGUUACUUGUAAGAAUGCCCAGUUCUACAGAAGAGCGUGGCUUAGCAUGCAGAUCUAAAAGUUUUGUGUUGUGUUCCCAGCUUCAGAAAAGCUUUCUGUAAUUCCUAUUCUGCCCAUAAAAAGGGUAACCAUGUGUUCAGUUAAAAAAAAAAAAAAAAAAAAAGAAAAAAAGAACUAAGAAAAAAAGAAAAAAAGGGUUGAAUGAUUAAGAUACCUUCAAUGGCUCUUUGCCUGGAUUGGACAGCCGUGCUGGCUUUUAUCCCCGCAGGGUGGCUGGGGCAGGGAUUGUCAGAAGGCAGAGGCUGCGGGGCCGGGCUCCUCCCCAGCGCUGCCGCUCGCCCCCGUGCAGCGCCUUCGCUGCUCUGCCUGCCGGAGCUGCUGCUGCCCGGGCUGCCGGCCGGCAUCAGCAGCCCGCAUGGGUUCUGAAAUGUCCUUCCUGCCUGACCUGGGGGCCUUCACCAUGGGCAUGUGGUCUGUUGGCCUUGGAGCCAUUGGAGCAGCUGUGACAGGGAUUGUCCUUGCUAACACUGAUUUAUUUUUGUCCAAGCCAGAAAAGGCUACAUUGGAGUUUUUAGAGGAGAUAGACCUAAAAACUUUGGGACCAGAACAAAGGACAUUCAAAGCAAGUGAACUAUGGAAGGAGAAUGGUGCAGUGAUCAUGGCUGUACGAAGACCUGGAUGAUUUUUGUGCAGAGAGGAGGCUUCUGAGCUCUCCUCUCUGAAACCCCAGCUGUCCAAGCUGGGUGUCCCUCUCUAUGCUGUUGUGAAAGAGAAGAUAGGGACUGAAGUGGAGGAUUUUCAGCAUUAUUUCAAAGGAGAUAUCUUUCUGGAUGAAAAGAAGGGCUUUUAUGGUCCACGCAGACGAAAAAUGAUGUUGUCAGGCUUUUUCCGCUUGGGAGUUUGGCAAAAUUUCUUCCGUGCUUGGAGAAGUGGAUAUAAUGGAAAUCUGGAAGGAGAAGGAUUCACGUUGGGAGGUGUAUAUGUGAUUGGGGCAGGAAGACAGGGUGUUUUACUGGAGCAUCGUGAGAAAGAAUUUGGAGACAAAGUCAGCCUUCCAUCUGUCCUUGAAGCUGCUGAGAAGAUAAAACCACAAGCUUCAUAAAUGGAAAAACAGUUGCACAUGUUUUUGAUUAGAGCUUGAAAUGUAGAAUGUAUCCAUGUCUUGAAUGUGCGGUGUAAUUGCAUAACUAUUUAGGGAUUAAUUCACAGGGAAGGUUCUCUAUUCAAACCCAGAGAAUGAUGAAGUUCCUCUUGGAUUGUUUUUGGUUCCCUUGCAGCCUUCCAGGUGGUCAGGAUUUCAACUGGUCCUUUGUAUUCUGACUGUAUUUAUGAAAGGCUAGGUCUAAAAUCUGACCUAACCUAGAUGUUUUCAGUCAGAGACAGUUGGUUGAAAACCUAUCUACCUAGGGAAACACAGCUCUGCUAAGGCUGUAGUAAUGGAGUACCAGCUGAGGGGAAAAGAUAAUAAAACUUUAUGUAAAUGAAA